UCAGUACGAAAUCGCGUUCAAUGAUGGCCACAUCAGAUGUCCUCGUCUCCUGCCUGGCGAUACUCCUUGUAGUUACUACGACAUUAGCUUGGGAGCUGGCUGAAUCCGGCUUAAACGAAUCCAGCUACUACGUGCGUCAUGUAUCCAUGCACUACUCCCGGGUAUUCCUCAGUGUAAAUGUGGAAAAUAAUGUCACGCCAACUUUGAUUGAAGCCCAGUGGCCGGUUGCAUACUUUCCCAUGCCCACUGUGGUCUUUCCUCGUCCGGAUGUUCAUGCGAAUGGCGAUAAUUCCGAUUGCUCGAAGUUGCAGCAGGCCCACUGGUCCCAGGUGGAUGGACUGAAUCGAUUGUGGGUCAUGGACACAGGAUUUCCAGCCAGCAAGUGCUCACCGCGGCUUUUUGUCUUCGAUCUGAUACGUAAUAAUGCAGAGCUCUUGAGGAUCGACUGUGGACAGUAUAUUGGAGUGAAUGACACUGAAUCUCUGGUGGUGCAAAUGGGACCCAAGCUUGGACCAGGCUGCGAGCAGGAGCGACACAUUUACUUCGUCCUGGGCCAUCACGUUCCCGAAAUCAUUGCCUACGAUAUCCUGGAGCAGACCUGGCAUCGUCGAACAUUGACUAGUCACAAGUUCGAGAAUAUGAAUCAGUCGUUUCCCAUCCAACCAGUGGAUUUUACUUUUGGUCUCCAGGGUGAACUCAUCCUGGCUGGUGAAGAUGGUGAACUAUACAGCACCGUGGAUAGGCUGGAAAUAGAUGAAGAUACGAACGUUAUUAAACUCAAUCACUUGGGCAGUCUCCUGGGCAGUAGUCGCAGUAUGAUAAUGGAUACCUCCGGCACCUUGUACUAUGUAAUCCCCAAGUUUGGAGCUGUGGUGCGUUGUGCUCAGCUGGAGAACAUCACGGCCGAGGGCAAUGAGAUCAUCUAUCUGACAUCGAAGAACAUUCAGCAGAUAUUUUUUGGCUUCAAUGCAGCAUUAUGGGUGCUCAGUGAUCGGGUCUUAAAGGCGCAGGACAUGUGCUUUCCAAGUUUUUAG